AUGACUGAAACAAAAAAGCAACAGCGCUCCGUGCUCAUCACCGGCUGCAGCGAGGGUGGCAUCGGUCACGCCCUGGCCAAGGAGUUCCACCGGCGGGGACUCCAGGUCUUUGCGACGGCACGGAACCUGGCCAAGGUCGAACACCUGCGCGCCCUGGCCGGGCUCGAGAUGAUCCAGCUCGACGUCGCCGACCCGGCCUCGGUCCGCGCCGCCGCCGACGAGGUCAGGACGCGCACCGGCGGCGCCCUCGACUACCUCGUCAACAACGCCGGCGCCGGCUACCAGGUGCCCUUGCUCGAUGCCGGCCUGGACGAGGGCCGCAAGCUGUUCGAGGUCAACCUUUGGGGUCUACUGGCCGUCACACAGGCGUUUGCUCCUUUGCUGGUGGAAUCGGCCGUGAGAGGUGGCAAGCCGCGAGUCGUCAAUAUCGGCUCCGUCGUCUCUAGGGUGCAGAUGCCCUGGGGCGGUCUUUACAAUGCGUCCAAAGGAGCAAUGGCCUCGUUGAAUGAUGCUCUGCGAAUGGAACUACGCCCUCUUGGUGUCGGUGUCUUGCACGUCGUGACUGGAGGUGUUUCCACCAAGUUUUACGGCAACAGCGCCGGCCAGAAGCUGCCAGAAGGCAGUUUGUACUCGCCCAUUAGAGCCGACAUUGAACAGGCCGUGGCCGGCCACACGGCUAGCACCCUUCAGACCAUGACCCCCGAAAAGUAUGCUCAAAAGGUUGUAAGCAAUACUUUGAGUAGCUGGCCGACCACGACGUACUGGGUAGGAGGAUCAGCCUGGAGUAGUUACAUGGGCGUCAAGUUUGGCUGGGACUCGAUAUGUGAUUUGAUUGUUGGGUACAUGACUGGCAUGUUGGCGCUGCGCAAAAAGUACUUGGCGGCGACACGGAGCAAGAAAGCAUAA